GCCUGAUGAUGAAGCUGUUGUUUAGUAAAUCUUUCUGCUUUAAGGAUGCCAUCCACAGAGGCCAUUUAAAAGUAUCAGUUUCAUUUAGUCUUUUGCGAGCGUUCUGGGCUUCACCGCUGGUUGGUUUUUCUGCCAGGUUUAGGGACGGACUGUCAGUAUUUGGAGUCACCUUUGCAUGGAGCACAAAGAUGAUGAUGACGAUGAUGAUGUGUCUUUUGCCAAAUGGAUGAGCAGCUUCUGGGGCCACAGCUGGCGAGAGGAGGAGAGAGGACUCCGGGAACGCCACCGACCACAAGAUGCCAAUUACAGGAAGACCUCCCUGCCCUGCCCAUUUCCUGUGCUUUCCAGAUCUGUAUCAUCUGACUGCCAGCCCAGAAGGCAUUCUCAGGACCAAGAGUUCCGAACCCAAACUUACAAGUCGUACCACAGAAGAAGCUCAGCGAAUGGGUCGUUCAAGGAGCCACUGGAAUCAAAGGGACAGUCUCACCCUAAAGUUCAGGAAUUUUCAGAGUCCUUUGAAAAGCAACUGUGUAUUAAAACCCAACGUUCUGUCUCUUUGGGACCUGAAAGCAGAAAGGACAAAAGUGAGAGAGAGCGCCUGAGGUUGGAGGUAAGAUCACACAAGUCAUCGGGGGACGGAAGGAGCUCUGCGCAGGAAAAACAGCGAGAGGCAUGCGUUGCUCCUGUGGCUGAGAAAAAGGCCUGAGUAGGACUUUUUUCUGCAUAAUGAUGACAAGUACCCUUAUUCCUGUGCGCUGCAGUUCACCAUCUCAGGACGGCAGGAUGACAACUGCGUAAGGGCACCCGCAGUUGCGGGCUGACUCCAGUGGGAACGGGGAAGGACUGCUUCUCAAGACAGCUUGCGUGGUACUCCAGUUACUUCUGGCAUCUUGCUUGAGGCUGUAGUCUGCUUUCUAACCUUUUCAUGCGGAUAGGAAGCAUAAAAGCAUUUUCAUAGAACAAAGUAAUUUUUGAAAAUGUAAAAAUACUCUUUUUAAAGAGCCACCCACAUAUCUUUACCAACUCUCCUUGCAUGUGAACCUUAAAAUUUUAAAUAAAAGCCUUUGGUGUGA